CCCCGGCACCCGGGGCAGGGCGCUGCCCGCCCCACCUGCCUGGCCGCCGAGCCCGAGAAGGGGUUAAACGCCCGGGGCGGGUGAUGUCAGUUCCUGCGCUCCUCGGGGCGGGGGGGGGGGCGGCUCUGAUAUUUGAGCCGGGCUCUCCCGCUCGGAGGAAAAGGGAGAGAGAAUGGGAAAGUGCUGAAUGGGACAGAAGCCGUGCCGGGCACCUGCCUGCCACCCGGCGCCGCGCAGCCGCCCGCGGCGAGGGCUGGCACCGCCGCGCUCGGCUCGGAGCCGCCGGGCGACGCCGGCUGCGCCUGUCACCGCCCUGCUCCGCCGGGGAGAGACCCCCGCGCCGGCCAAGGCUUUUCAGGUGGAAAUGUACAAAGUCUCUGAAGUGUUUUGAAUUCUCGUCUGGAUCCACCAACAUCUGGGACAUCAGCUGAUUCUGGUCUGAAAACCAGAAACAACUCCAUGACUUUCUGGUAUUAAAUUUUAGCUUCAUCAGAGUUACAACUGGAUGUGGGUACUCCAAGAUUUCUAGAGCACCUCAGACGACAUCCCAAAUGGAUGAUUAACUUCAAAAUGGCAGAACUCACAGUGGAGAAUGGCAGCUGUAUGGACUGGCAAAAGCGAUGCCUUGUGUUGGAGUCCCAGCUCUUCAAAUUCCGCUUGCAGGCAAGCAAGAUCCGAGAGCUGUUAGCUGAAAAGAUGCAGGAAUUGGAACAGAGAGUGAUAGAAGCAGAGCAAAGAGCUGAGGAUGCAGAGAAGCAGGUCAGAGUUAUGGAAGAGAAGAUAAAACUAGCCAACGUGAAGACCAGUGAAUCAGACAGCACUCUGCACAGGAAAUACCAGGAGCUGAUGGGCACAGUGCAAGGGAAGGAAGCUCUGAUCAACAGAUUGGAGACACAGCUAGCAAAACAGAAACAGUUGAGGACGGAGGAAGCCAAAAUUGUUCAAGAGAAAGCUGCCAAGAUCAAAGAGUGGGUAACACUUAAGCUAAGAGAGCUUGAGCUAGAAAAUUACCACCUGAAAAACUGUAAUCAGAGGCUGACGGAGCAAAUUGAAGCCCUUCAGGAUACAUUGCAAGAUAUGACCACCAUUCCUCCCUUUGAAUCUCUUUGGAGCUGUAAUUCUCUGAAGGCCAGAGCACCACAGGCCUCUUUUGCUGAGAAGAUAGACCAGAAAUCUGUGCUCCUUGCACCUGGUUUCAGACAGCUGUGCCAGACAGGACCUACCAAAUGUGUCCUCUCCACAGCAAACAUAGUCCUUGCCAAUGACACCUUUUCUGAGGAUGGAGAGGAUAAAUCUCUGCUUUCCCAGAGCACGCUGAAGCUCGUGUCUGACCCAUCAAGCUGGAAUCUCUCCACAGAGAAAGAUGUAUUCCCAGCCGUAAGUUCUGAACACAGGUUCGGGUGCUCUGAUGCCACAUCACUGGACCCUCCAGCUGAGGCCACAAGAAUCCUUGAGGCUUUGACUUUCCAGUCGUCUUUGGAAGGAAACCAUAGCACUGUGAGCACCUUGCAACAAGUGGCUUUGGAUGGCACCCGCUUCUCUGAUGAUGUGAGUGCCAGGUUCCACUCCCACCGGCUGGACUCCUCUUCCUCAGCAGAACUAAUGAGCAUGCUUGAGGGCCAUCCCCAGACUGCUGAGCCACCCCUGGUUGUGUCAACAUCAGCUGUUACAGCACAUUCCUUCUGUCCGGGGAGGGAAUGCGGCCUUGGCAGUAGUAUGACCUUUCCAAAAAUACGAACUCCCAAUAUCCCAAGAGACAGUAUCCAACUAGCCAAGAGACAUUACAGCCAACCACAGCCAGGGGCUAAUUCUUUCGAUCGUGUAAUGACCUUAGAGGCUAGCACCUUCCAGCCCAUAACAGACUCUCCAAUCUGCCAUGGGCAAGUGAAGGAGACAGACAUUGAUGAUGAUGGGGUGCUGGAGACAAUGGAGACAGAACGUGGCCCGGUGAGGGAAGAAGCUGGAGCAUGUGAGGAACGCAACCACUUAUCUGCAGGGCAAAGAGAAGCUGUGAGUUCUGAAGCUGGUGUACUUGACCCAGGAGGUAAACCUCCCACACCACCACUGCACAGAUUCCCAUCGUGGGAGAGUCGAAUCUAUGCUGUGGCCAAGUCUGGCAUGAGGUUGUCUGAAGUGGCUGUGGUGAAUGAUACUUCCAGCUGCUUUUCCAAUUUCUCCUGUUCAACUUCUGGGCCAUUUACCUGUCUCAUCUACAGAAAUGUCACAGUGCCAGUCUACACUACGCUGAAGGGGAAAGCCACACAGAUCAGCAACGUGCCUUUCUUAGAUGAGUCUUCAGGCUCUGAUGAUGACUGUGGCUCCCAUGCCAGCUUCAGGACUUCUACUGCUGGAUCUGAGAACAGGAAAGCUAGCAUGCCAGGCAGCCCUCGUGCAGUGAAGAGAGGUGUAUCUAUGUCCUCACUGAGCUCCGAGAGUGACUAUGCCAUCCCUCCUGAUGCCUACUCCUUGGAUGGUGACUAUUCAGAACCAGAACAUAAGCUACAGCGAACAUCUUCCUAUUCCACUGAUGGUGGAAUCUGCACUGAACCCAUGGAGAAAUCAGGUUACUUGCUGAAAAUGGGCAGCCAGGUGAAGAUGUGGAAGAGACGAUGGUUUGUUCUAAGAAACAGACAAAUCAUGUACUACAAGUCUCCGAGUGACGUUAUCCGCAAACCACAAGGGCAGAUGGAACUGAAUUCUUCGUGCCAAAUUGUCAGAGGUGAAGGGUCCCAGACAUUCCAGCUCGUGACAGAAAAGAGAACCUACUUCCUGACAGCAGACUCUCCCAACAUCCUGGAGGAAUGGAUUCAUGUCCUACAGAGUAUCCUGAGAGUGCAAGUGACCAGUCCUGUUGGUGUUCCUCACAGUGACGCUAAACCUACUGUGAAAGGUUGGCUCACCAAGGUCAAGCAUGGUCACUCUAAGCUGGUCUGGUGUGCACUGGUUGGAAAAACUUUCUACUACUAUCGAAAUCAUGAAGAUAAGUGUCCCCUAGGGCAUCUGCCUAUCCGUGAGUCCAAAGUGGAAGAAGUAGAUCGUUCCUGUGACUCUGAUGAAGAUUAUGAAGCCACUGGUGGAGGACUUCUUUCUUCCCACUGUACAUUGGUGAUUCACCCACAGGACCAGAGUCCCACAUACUUACUUAUUCGCACCAAACAGGAGAAGAAUACCUGGCUGUACCAUCUGACCGUUGCAGCUGGUAGCAGUAAUGCCAAAGUGGGCACAUCAUAUGAACAACUCAUUGGAAAACUAUUGGACGCAGAGGGAGACCCUAAUUCUCCUCUGUGGAAACAUCCUAUGUUGUGCUACAGUAAAGACGGGUUGCAUGCAUCCCUCACCACCCUGCCAUCAGAGGCUCUACAGACUGAAGCUCUGAAACUUUUUAAGUCCUGUCAGCUGUUCAUCAAUGUCCCUGUGGAGGCACCCUCUAUUGAUUACCACGUGUCACUUGCCCAGACAGCACUGCAGGUCUGCUUGACACAUACUGAGCUGCAGAAUGAAAUUUACUGUCAGCUUGUUAAACAGACCAGCUGCCGACAACCCCAAAACCAGUCAGUCAUUCAGUGCUGGCAACUCCUGGCUUUGUGUGCUCCUCUAUUCCUGCCUCAACAUCACUUCCUCUGGUACAUCAAACAGCACUUGCAGCGACAUGCAGACCCAAGGAGUGAAAUAGGGAAGUAUGCCAUCUACUGCCAGAGAUCAGUAGACCGCACUGUGCAGACUGGCGAGCGGGAAGCCAAGCCCUCCCGGAUGGAGAUUGUGUCCAUCCUUCUGAGAAAUCCCUACCACCACUCACUCCCCUUCAGCAUUCCAGUGCACUUCGUGAACGGAACCUACCAGGUUGUAGGUUUUGAUGGUUCCUCAACAGUUGAUGAAUUCAUCCAGCGACUGAACCAGGAGACAGGAAUGAGGAAGCCAUCCCACAUAGGAUUUUCUCUGUUCACAGAUGAUCCUUCUGGGAGGAAUUUAGAACAUUGUCUGCAGGGCAACAUGAAGAUCUGUGAUGUCAUUUCUAAAUGGGAACAAGCCUUAAAAGAACUGCAUCCUGGGAAAUAUGAAGGUGGCACAAGAAUUGUGAAGUUGACCUAUAAGAACAGGCUAUAUUUUCGGAGCCAGGCCAAAGGUGAGACAGACCGGGAGCGGUUGCUACUGGCCUUCCAAGUCAGCAAUGAAAUAGCCAAUGGAAGGUUUCCUGUUAAUAAGGAGUUAGCUCUGGAAAUGGUGGCUCUGAUGGCUCAGGUGGAAUAUGGGGAUUUGGAUCGACCAGGAUCUUCAAGUCCUGGGGGAACAUCACAAUCGAAAAUGCAGCAUCUUCUUCACCAGGUCUUAGAUAAAUUCUACCCCAAACGCUACAAGCAAAACAUUACUCCUGAACAGCUCAGGCAACUGGUUGACAGGCUGGCGACAAAGUGGAUGGUGCUGCAGGGAUGCUCUCCAGCAGAAUGCGUUCGAAUUUAUUUGACAGUGGCUCGGAAAUGGCCUCUCUUUGGAACCAAAAUAUUUGCUGCUAAGCCUAUUUUGCCUUCCUCAUUGGAAGACUGUCCAGUCUGGAUAGCUGUGAAUGAAGAUGGUAUCAGCAUACUGGAUUAUAACACUAUGCACUUGAAGGUCUCUUAUUCAUACUCCUCUGUGCUGACCUUUGGAGGCUGUCGAGAUGACUUCAUGAUUGUAGUCAGUCAAAUGAAAGAAAGGAGUUCUGGAAAAAACAGCACUGAAAAACUCCUUUUCACAAUGGCAAUUCCAAAGAUUGUUGAAGCAACACUUCUUAUUGCCAGCUACAUUAACUACCGUUCGACACCUCCACUCCUAUCUUCUACGCAGCCCUCCCGAAGCAAAACACCUGCUAACAAGCUCUGGGAGACUGAAAGUCGGUGCUUUUUUCCUUCAGUGCCCCGAAGCACUAAGGGGCCCACCCUGCUCUGAGGGCUCAUUCCAAAAGACUUCGGGGAGCUUUAACAACUCCUCCCUGAAACGGAAGCUAAAAUUGAAAGACAGAAACUUUCCAAGUCCUUGCUCCAGAUUUGAAAAGAAAGAAGACACUGUUGAGAAGGAAAAGGAACUAAACUGACAAGAAUAAUUCUGAUGCAAGUCAAGAAUAAUUUCACACCUAAAGUGGGGAGUAUAGAAUCAGAGUUCAGUGGUAUUCAAGAGUAUUUUCAGUACACAGAUGGAAACCUACUGUCUUGGCACGUUGAGGACUCAGAAUGACUGGGACUGGAAGAGUGUCAGAUGAUGCUCUAGCUCCUACAGGACUGAUGCCUUUUGGGAGUCGAGGCUGUUCUAUGUAAUAGAUGAACAUUAGAUCUCUGCUGCAAGGCUGAAUGUGUCACGUGCUCCACUGUCAGACAAGCACUUUCAAAGACUCUUUCUGUUAAUCACUGUUGUAGAUGUUUCAGGAUGUGUUUGAAACUUCAGAUAAUCUCAGACAAAGGAAGACAAGGCAAGCAAAUUUUGUACUAUUUCUGUCUUUCAGCAGCUGGAACGGAUCUUCCCAAACACCCAAACCAGCUCUGCCAUUCUGACUUGACAGAAGCUGCUCCUUUCAAACUCUUGCUUCCUUCAUGCUACCACAGCAAGGAGGAGGUAGUCAGCAAAUAUGUACUCAAAUAUCGUUCUUCUGACUUUCCUAAAGAACAGGGUUUUUUUUAAUCUCUUUCAAAGGGACUUUGUUAUGAUUGAGAAAGUUAAUGGAUUUUAAACAAAUAAAAGAAAAAUAGCAAUUCUUCUUGAAAAAUCUAGAUCUACCUGGAUUGAGUUCAGCUAUUUUGAUAAACAUUCCAAAAAAGCUAAGGAAGAAUAACUGCACUUUCAAAAGUACCACGUGCAACUUUGUAAUAAUUAUGCAUUCAUGGGCAACUUUCCCAAAUUAAAACAGUGUGAAUCCAACCAUUAGAAAGAAUUCAGCAAUAGCAAACCAAAGCUAUUUGCAAAUGAACAAACCAACCAUACCAGUGUUUUCACUCCCUAGUCCCUGCCACCAACCUUGAAACAUCCAACUAAUGCAUGCAGUGGAGCUGAUACUUCAAGAAGUUUUUGUUUCACGCUUUUGGUGGGUGCAAAGCCACAAAUUAGAAGAAAAAUGUUUUAAGCAAUCGUGUAUCAACAUCUUUGUAACACACAAAAAAAACCCCCAAACCUAAACCACCCUAUGGUGGGUUGUGGAAACAAUACGGCAGACAUAAGACAGGAAAAGAUUGUAUGAACAGAGACCUGAUUUGCACAUACUGUAAUCUACCCCCUUGUUAUGAAUUUAAGGAUCAUCCCUUGAAGUUACGGAAAAGGGUAGAAGCUUUCUGAGCCAACAACAACUUUGAAGAAGGUAUUUAGUCUUUUUUUUUUCUUACUUUUAAGUGACUACAUAUCCUGAUAAGAGUGGCCAGUAGCAUGUAUUUCCUCUCUCUCUCUCUCUCUCUCUCUCUCUCUCUCUCUCUCUCUCACUCACACACACACACACAGAGUGAUCUUAGUAUAGCUACAUCAGUUUGAAUACAGAGAGUGUUAUUGCUCCUCACUCACCUGUGCCUAACACUUCCUUCUGUAUCUGAAGGUCUGUUGAGCAGCCUGCUUCUUGUAUCCCACCAGUAACAAAGCUGCUUCAGAAUAAGCUGAGCUGUCAUCCAUGCUGGGGAUGCUCAAGGCAUAGAAGUCUCCAGCUGACAGUUCAGAGGCUGUACUUACCUUACAGUGCUAACACUCAUGUCCUUAGGACCUUGUACCAGGGCACACAGGAAGCAGAGAUGUUCAAUAAGCAAAAGCUGUCCUGAAGCUCAUUAUUUUCUCCCAUAACUGCACUUUAAAUUGAGAAGCAUGGCAUAUAGAACUUUUUUUUCUUCCAUAUUUCUUAAAAAUAUUCACCAAUACUUGAGUAUUUCAGGGACCAUCCCACUCUGAUGGAUGUACAUAUACCUCCUAUUUAUAGCUUACCUGACUUCAAACAACCAACCAACCCUGUGUAGUUAAUCUAUUUUGUAUGAUUCUUUGGUAGAGAAAACAAUUUUUAUUUUAAUCAAUGCUUUUGGCAAUGACUAUUGCUGCAGCAUAGAAUGACAUGACAAAAGCCUUUGUUUUCCUAACUGCUGUGUGUAUGUAAAAGGCUGUCUGGGAGAUACUGUAAGAUUUCUGUUUGUUCUUAAUAAAAUGCCGUUAGUAUGAA